AUGCAAAAUUCUAAAGAGAAAGAAUCCAACGAAUUUUUAUUAUUAUUAACAAAUAAGGACUCUAUUUUUUUAUUAGCAUUUUUGGCAGAUGUAUUGGCCAUUUUUAGUCGCUAUCAACAAACUAUUCAAAGUGAUAAAAUAACGGUUUUGGAUCUUGUUAAACAUACUGAGUCAGUUAUAAACAAAAUUAAAUCAUUGAGUUCAAUUAAUUUAGUUGGUGGUUGGGUAGAUGUACUCGAAGAUGAACUUAAAGGUACCGACGGAAAAGUUCUAAAAGUUAUAAAAUUAAUUGAUUUUCAAGAAAAACGAAAACAUAGGCAUAAUUUGUAUGUAACUGAAAAUAGAUCUGUAAGUGCUAUAUGCCAUGAAAUAGUAGAAACUUUGGCUAAUUUUUUGCAAGACCGCAUAGAAUAUAGAUAUUGA